AUGACUCCAUUCUUCGGCCUUUCACUUUUGGCUUUGGGCCAAGUGGCUCUCGCGAGCCAAGAUGCAUUCCAGACCAAAUGUGCACACUUCGCCAACAAAGUUAACAUCCCUGACGUCAAGGUCAACUUUGCCGAAUACAUACCAGGAGGAACGAAUCUGUCCCUAUCUGACAAUGCGCCCAGCUGUGGCGCAUCGUCGCAGUCGGUUGCAGUUGACCUUUGUCGGGUCGCAAUGGCUGUGAACACAUCUGGGAGCAGUGAAAUCACGUUGGAGGCAUGGUUCCCGCGCGAGUACACAGGUCGCUUUUUGAGUACUGGUAAUGGCGGUCUGUCAGGAUGCAUCCAAUACUAUGACCUUGCGUACACUGCCCAGUUAGGCUUUGCUACGGUUGGGGCUAACAAUGGUCACAAUGGCACUUCGGGCGAGCCUUUCUAUCGCCAUCCUGAGGUCAUCAGGGACUUUGCCUACCGCUCUGUUCACACCGGGGUGGUCAUUGGUAAGGAGCUCACAAAGAAGUUCUAUGACGAGGGCUUCAAGAAGAGUUACUACCUCGGCUGCUCAACUGGCGGUCGUCAGGGAUGGAAGUCUGUCCAGAAAUAUCCCAAUGACUUCGAUGGCGUAGUGGCCGGCGCUCCUGCGAUCAACUUCGCGAACCUGAUUUCUUGGAGUGCCCACUUCUAUUCUAUCACGGGUCCGUCCUCUUCUGAUACCUACCUUACACCUGCAGAGUGGAACAUUGUGCACGAAGAAAUCAACCGUCAAUGUGACACCAUUGACGGGGCAAAGGAUGGCCUCAUUGAGGAUCCCACCCUCUGCUACCCCAUCUUCGAGACACUGAUGUGUGCGCCCAAAGCAUCAAACACAACCAGCUGUCUGACCAGCGCGCAGGUCCAAACUGUCAACAAGGUCUUCGCUCCCUUCUACGGCAUCAACGGCACUCUGUUAUAUCCUCGCAUGCAGCCUGGCUCCGAGAACUAUGCCGCGUAUAUCAUGUACAACGGUGAGCCCUUCACAUACAGUCAAGACUGGUUCCGAUACGUGGUGUACAACAAUCCCUCCUGGAAUGGCACGAGCUUCAAUCUGAAAGACGCAGCCGCCGCACUUGCCCAGAACCCCUACAACAUUCAAACCUUUGAGGGCGACCUUUCCCCGUUCCAGAAGUCCGGCGGCAAGGUCCUCCAUUACCACGGCAUGCAAGAUCAGCUUAUCAGCUCCGAGGACUCCAAGUUGUACUACUCUCAUGUCUCAGACACGAUGAAGCUGCCUCCCUCGGAGCUGGAUGAGUUCUACCGUUUCUUCACCGUUAGCGGCAUGUCGCACUGUGGCCUCGGAGAUGGAGCUGCUGGCAUCGGUCAGGGCAGUGGUACUUAUGCGGGCAGCGAUCCGGAAGAUAAUGUUCUCAUGGCUAUGGUCAAGUGGGUUGAGGAGGGCGUUGCGCCUGAGACGAUUCGUGGGUCCAAGUUUGCCGAUGGCGUUGGGACGAAGGUGGAAUACCGACGCAAGCACUGUCGCUACCCGCGACGUAAUGUGCAUGUCGGACCUGGCAAUUACACUGAUGAGAACUCGUGGCAGUGUAUUUAG